AUGUCUGACGUUCAGAAGCCUGUUGAGGAGACCCCCGCGGUCGUCCCUGCUGCUGAGACUGCUGUUGAGGCUCCCGCUGCCACUGAGACCACCGAGGCUCCUCAGGAGACCACUGAGGUCGCUGCUACUCCUACUGCUGAGGAGACUGCCACCGACAAGCCUGCUGAGGCUACCGAGGCCGCUGAGGAGAAGAAGGAGAUCAAGCCCGCCACUGAGGGUAUCCUCGGCCACAAGGCCCCUGGUCUGGUCAAGGGGCUGCGUUUCGCCAAGCGUUUCUUCUACUUCAACGAUGAGCCCGUUGAGGCCAAGCAGCUCUCCGUCUUCCACCAGAACGAGAAGCCUGCUACUGCCAACCCUACUGCUGCUUGGGCUAGCCAGACCGGCAAGGGUCUGUUCUUCCUGACCAAGCGCGCUGAGGACAAGGCUACCCCCGCUAGCAUCUUCAACCUGGCUGAUGUCACCGACCUGACCAAGGAGGGCUCCAACGAGUUCCUCUUCAAGGUCGCUGGCCAGAAGCACACCUUCCAGGCUUCCAACGCUGCCGAGCGUGACAGCUGGUUCGUUGCUCUAGAGGCUAAGUCUACUGAGGCCAAGGCCGAGAAGGAUACCAUCACCUCUAGCGAGGGCUACAAGGCUGAACUUGAGAGACUGACCAAGCCUGUCGUCGCUGUCCCCGCCGCCAAGAAGACCGAGGAGAAGAAGGAGGAGACCCCCGCUAAGGAGGACAAGGCUGAGGAGUCCGAGGCCAAGGAAUCCGAGGCCAAGGAGGAGAAGGCCAAGGAGACCACCAAGAGCCGCUCCCAGUCCCGCAAGCGCGCCAGCAUCUUCGGUUCUAUCCUUGGCAAGAAGGAUGCUGAGGAGAAGAAGCCCGAGGGAACCAAGGAGGAGGCUAAGGCCGAGACCACCGAGGAGGCCAAGCCCGCUGAGCCCACUGCUGAGACUGCUGCUGAGCCCGCUGUUGUCGCUGCUGAGACUCCUGCUGCUGAGACCACUGAGACCCCCGCUGCCGAGGCCGUUGCUGCCCCUGCUGAGUCCACCGAGGACAAGAAGGAGGAGAAGAAGGAGGAGAAGAAGGCCAAGCGCGCCUCCAUCUUCGGCAACUUCUUCCAGAAGGUCGCCAGCCCUUCUCAGGAGAAGUCCGAGAAGGAGGCCACCGCUCCCGCUGAGGAGACUCCUGUCGCCAGUUCUGCUCCCCAGCUCGACAACCCCGUUGAGGAAGCCGCCGUCCAGCCCAUUGAGCCUGAGACCGUGACCGCCGCCGCUGAGGGUGAGACUGCUAAGGAGACUCCCGUUGAGUCCCCUGCCGCUGAGACCGCCUCUACCCCCAAGGACAAGCGCCGCUCUUCUUUCUUCGGUGCUUUUGGCAAGAAGGAGAAGAAGGCUGACACCUCUGACAACGAGGCCACCACUGAUGGCGAGAAGGAGGCCAAGAAGAGCAACAAGCUCGGCGGUCUUUUCCGCAAGCCCUCCAAGGCUGUGAAGCUCGACAAGGAGGUCGCUGCCACUGAGACCGAGGCCAAGGCCGAGGAGACCACUGAGGCUACCAACGAGGCUGCUAAGGCCGAGGAGACUGUUGCCCCCGUUGAGGAGGCCGCCAAUGCCCCUGAGACCGCCGCCACUGAGGAGACCAAGAACGUCGAGGUCCCCGCCUCCACCCCUGUCCAGGCUGCCGCUUGA